AUGGUAUGCGAUACUAGAAGUGAUUUCGAUAGAAUUGUUUACUGGAUGGAUUCUGAUGGGCCUAUGACUUCAGAUCCUAAGCAAUUAGAAAACCAUUAUGAUAUAAUGCAUUAUGCAUUUGUAAAUAUUAAUUCAGAUUUUUCUAUUGAUGAUAGUAAGAUUAGUAUAAGUAAUUUCUUAGAUUUAAAUAUUAAGAAAGUGGCUAGUUUUGGAGGAUGGGAUUUUAGUACUAAUCCUUCUACAUAUAAAAUAUUUAGAGAUAUUGUGUCUGAUGUUAAUUCUAGAGAAAAAUUUGCUACAAAUGUUGUUAAUUUCUUAAAGAAAUAUAAUUUAGAUGGUAAUGAUUUAGAUUGGGAAUAUCCUAAAAAAUUCUUGUGUUUUGUUCGUUGUUAUCUAGAACUCUCAAAUACAAUUCGCCGUAGACCUUAA